AUGUUUGCUUUCAGGAACCAGAUUCUCGCAGGUAUUCGUGCAAUACAAGAGCAAGAGCAGGCCGAACAGCAGGUCCCGAGGCCCAUUCACCACCGGACAUCCGUCCGUCGAGAGCAUGGCCUAGCUCAUCAAUGUCUGUUCGAGGACUGCUUCGCCGAUGAGCCCCAGUGGGGACCUUCGGUUUUUCUCCGACGGUUUAGGAUGCAGCUAGAACUAUUUCUCCAGAUUGUUCACGCGAUGGAGGCGCACGAUGAGUACUUCCAGCAGCGGGAAGAUGCGGCCCACAGAAGGGGUCUAUCCCCGCUCAUGAAGUGCAAGGUUGCGCUUUUUCAGUUCAACGAGUAUCUUCACGUCGGGGAUACAAUUGACCGGGAGUGUAUGGUAAAAUUUUGUGAGGGCGUUGUUGACGCCUUCGGCGCCACAUAUUUGCGUCGGCUGAAUACCGAAGAUUGCCAGUUCCUGAUGGGGAUGCAAGAUAGGGUGCACGACUUUCCUGGAAUGUUAGGGAGUAUUGAUUGUAUGCACUGGGAGUGGAAGAAUUGUCCGGCAGCGUGGAGAGACCAAUUCACCAGUGGGUAUAAGGGUACCCACCCGACGAUGAUCCUUGAAGACAUCAUUGACUACCGUCUUUGGAUUUAG